GUUUACCCAGAAUGCACUUUUUAAAGUUUUCUCCCAUCAAAUACCAUCAGUAUGUCACCUCUGUGCUUCAAAGUCAGGACGAUGCAUCCACUGCAGUAGUAGUAGUAGGAGUAGUUAGUUAGGAAAGAUCCAACUAGAAGGUUCUUUAAGGGAAAGACAGCAGCUCAAAUUUAACUCCACCUCAUUCAACACAAAACAAACCAAACUACCGACCAGAUCGACACCAUCAGAGUCUCAUAUUAUUCUCAAUAUUUACACCAUAAAACUCAGUUAACAUGGAUGCAGCCACAGCACUGAACACUGAAAACCAGCAGAACAUGAAAACAGUCAAAUUACUUCAGGUUUUGCAAAAUACUGUCCAAUAAAAAGGCGUAUUUAUAGGAAUAAGAAAAACUCAUUUGACGUCUGAUCGAAGCACAUCUACUGCAGAUGAGUUGAGAAAAAUACAUUAAACACAAUAAAACAUUUUCACUUCAAAAUCACUUUAAUAUAAUUAUUUUCUAUCUGAUUAUUUAAUUAAAAUGUAAUCAUUUUCCAGACUCAAGCACAAUAAAUGUUUUCCCAAAUAGUGUCAACAAAUCUGGAGCAAUGGAUGGAUUUAUUUGUCCUCAUGGUUGAAUGAGAAACUAUAUAAUUCUAAUCCUUUUUUGAUGUUUCUUUUUCUUACUGUCUUUUCUGUCUUUAUUUGAAAAACAGCCUUUUUAAGUCAUUAUUUCUGAUGUAAUGGGACGUAUAAAUAGGAACCCCAAACUCAGUCGAAGUCACAAUAACACAUGAAAAGAAACGACUUGAUGAGUAGAUUUUUAUUGAAAUCAUCAAAAUUGCAAAAGUUAGAAAAACACGAUCACUAUAAGAAGAGAACAACAAAGAGAGAGAGAGUUGAUGACUGCAGCAGAAAAAAAUGUUUUCAUUUAGAAGCACUGAAAUAAUGUUGAAACACUGCAUCAAGCUGCUAAAUACUGUUACUGAAAUACGUCAAAUAAAGAAGAGAUCAUCAGAGUUGAACCAGUGAGAUGUUCCCAGUGGGUGAGGUCAGGACUGGGAACACUGGUCUCGCCUCAGUGUCUCUGAGAGUGGAGUCUGGGAGCCCCGGGUGGCCUCACAGCUCCCAGAGCCCACCUUCCUCCACUGGUCUGCAGGGAUCCUCAGGGUGCUGCUCCAGCUGUAGAGGCCGUCCUCCUGCAGCACCUUUCGAUGAAACUAACUCUGAGGGACCGUUUGAAGAUUUCAGGAAAGUGUUGCUGCUCAGAGAUCCAUCUAGCUGGAAGUCUCUCUCAUCCAACUAACAAGUCAGGACUCUCUGGAUUAAAUCUGGGAAAAGUCAUGUUGUUGAUGGACCAUUAGAUGGCAGCAGAGACUCAGACACAAAUCUCUGUCCCUGCAACUGAUCAAUAAUAAAACUGAUACAUUAUCAACCAAUCAACCAAUAUUACAAAUAUUUAUGGUAAUUUUGAGUCAUAUUUUUGUCAUUUUAUUCAUAUUUUUGGUAGUUUUAUUUCAUAUUUUGGUCAUUUUAUUCAUAUUUUUGAUAGUUUUAUCUCAUAUUUUGGUCAUUUUAUACAUAUUUGUGGUAGUUUUGAGUCAUAUUUUGGUCAUUUUGUACAUAUUUGUGGCAGUAUCUUCACCAGAUGGUUCCAUGGAAGAACUCAGUCAAUGAUCAGAACAGCUGAUAUGUGUCCGUCUCUGUUUGUGGUCCCAUCGCUCAUGAAAAGCUCAAAGGUUAACUUGAUGUUUUAUUGUCGUUUCACACAAUAAAUCCUGUAAAUAAUGAAUAAUUAACUGUCAGGUUUCAACCAUGUGACUGUUCCUUCAUAGAUUUUCACUGUUUUGAUAAAUUGCAGUAAAAUCAAAGGAAAAAAAUAUUAAUUUACAUGUUUUUAUUUACCAUUCUUUGUCUCCUUUUGCCACGUCCGGGGUAACAGGCUCCAGAUAGGGGCAGUACUCUACCCCUCCCUUCCUGACAUGAAUCAGCAGGUGCAGAUGGGGCAGGAGGCUGCAGGUGGCAGUGGUUCAGCCAAUCCACUCCUCAGACCAUAAAAGCAGACCUCAGUCUUCACUCCAUGCUGGACUGUGAACAUAGCAACAAGUGACGGCAGCCUGCAGACACAGAGGAGGAUUUUCUCUCAGACCUGGUCCAGACAGCAGAGAGCUGCAGAGGGAAGAAGCUGAGGAGACACGAUGACGUCAGAGGUGCUCUUGAACAUCCUGGAUGAUCUGGAUGAUGAGCAGCUGUCUAAAUUCCAGUGGUUCCUGCAGAAACCCAACAAUGUUCAAGGCCUCCCAGCCAUCACAAAGAGCCGACUACAGACACUAGACAGGUGUAAAACUGUGGAUGUGAUGGUGGAGACUUAUGGACUUCAGAGAGCUGUGCAGGUGACCAGGGUGGUUUUAGAGAAGAUCUCCAGGAAUGAUCUGCUGCAGAGGUUGCCUGCCAGCAGCUCAGGACCAGAAGUUCAUGUCAGUGAUGUUGGGGAGACUUCAGAGAACAGAGAACCUUCCUCCUCUCAGAUUCAGCCUCCUCUUCCUCAGACUGAAGAUGAGACUGUUCCGGUACCAGAACCACGUCCCAUCAGAUAUUACCAAGAGAAGCUUCAAUCAACCUUCCAGGACACGUUUAAGGUUACAACAGAGGGGUGGGCAGCAGAUGAGGAGCGUCUGGUUGAUAUCUACACAGAGCUGUACAUCACAGCUGGCCGGGACGUGCACGUCAACACACAGCAUGAGGUCCUACAGAUUGACAAGGUGUGGAAGCCAUCAGACACAGAGACACAGAUCCUACCCAGAGACAUUUUCAAGCAUCCCUCUGGAAAAGACAUACCCAUCAGAACAGUGCUGACCAAUGGGAUUGCAGGGAUUGGAAAAACAUUCCUUGUGCACAAGUUUGUGUUGGACUGGGCUGAAGAAAGAACCAAUCAAGACGUGCAUCUUAUUUUCCCAUUCACUUUCCGUGCCCUGAAUUCACUGCAAGGACAAGAGUUUGGUUUGGCAGAGCUCAUUCAUUUCUGUAUCCCAGAAACUAACGACAUCACAGUGGAGGCUCUGAAUUACAUCUUUACAGCUCUGCAGUCAUCAGGAACCAGCAGCUACAAGAAGAGCAGAUUCAAACUGCUGUUUGUGUUUGAUGGACUGGAUGAGAGUCGCCUUCAUCUGGACUUUGAUGUCAACAACAUUCGCUCAGUGGAUGUAACAAAGUCAACGAAAAUAGAAGUCCUGCUGAGGGGACUGAUCAGUGGAAAACUGUUGCGCUCAGCUCGCCUCUGGAUAACCACACGACCUGCAGCAGCCAGUCAGAUCCCUCAAAACCUUGUCAACAAUACAACAGAGGUCAGAGGGUUCACCAACCCACAGAAGGAGGAGUACUUCAAGAAGAGAUUCAAGGAGCAGACCAGCAGCAUCAUCUCCCACAUGAAGAAGUCACGAAGCCUCCACAUCAUGUGCCACAUCCCAGUGUUCUGCUGGAUCACUGCUACAGUUCUGGAGGAGCUGCUGAGAACCAGAGAGGGAGGAGAUCUGCCCAGAACCCUGACUGAGAUGUACACAGAGUUUCUAAGAUUUCAGAUUGAUCACACAAAAGCAAAGUAUGGUCCAAAGAAGUGCAUUCAGUCCAUUAAGUCAUUAGCUAAACUGGCUUUUGAACAGCUGCAAAAGGGCAACCUGAUCUUCUAUGAGAAAGAUCUGAGAGAAAGCGGCAUCGAUGUAAGGGAAGCCUCAGUGUACUCAGGAGUGUUCACAGAGAUCUUCAAAGAAGAGCGUGGACGGAAACAGGAAAACAAGAUGUUCAGUUUCAUCCAUCUGAGUGUCCAGGAGUUUCUGGCUGCUCUUCACGUCCAUCUGACCUUCAUCAACUCUGGAAUCAACUUGCUGGAAAAAGAACAAACUGCCUUCAAGAAGCUGAAAGUAUUUCUAAAGAAACCUGAACUAAAACAUCUCCACCAGAGAGCUGUGGACGAGGCCUUACAGAGUCCAAACGGACACCUGGACUUGUUCCUGCGCUUCCUCCUGGGUCUGUCACUGCCGACCAAUCAGAAUCUCCUACGAGGUCUGCUGACACAGACAGGAAGUAGCUCACAGACCAAUCAGGAAACAGUGGAGUACAUCAAGGAGAAGAUCAGUGAGAAUGUGUCUGUAGAGAGAAGCAUCAAUCUGUUCCACUGUCUGAAUGAACUGAACGAUGUUUCUCUAGUGGAGGAGAUCCAACAGUACCUGAGAUCAGGAUGUCUUUCAGCUUAUCUGUCUCUUGCUCAUUGGUCAGCUCUGGGCUUCAUCUUACUGUCAUCAGGAGAAGAUCUGGACGUGUUUGACAUGAAGAACUCUGGUUCAGAGGAGGUUCUUCUGAGGCUGCUGCCAGUGGUCAAAACCUCCAACAAAGUUGUACUGAGUGGCUGUAAUCUGUCAGAAAGAAGCUGUGGAGCUCUGUCCUCAGUCCUCAGCUCCCAGUCCUCCAGUGUGACAGAGCUGGACCUGAGUAACAACAACCUACAGGAUUCAGGAGUGGAGAGUCUUUCUGCUGGACUGGAGAGUCCACACUGUAAACUGGAAGCUCUCAGACUGAGUAACUGUAAUCUGUCAGAGAGAAGCUGUGGAGCUCUGUCCUCAGUCCUCAGCUCCCAGUCCUCCAGUGUGACAGAGCUGGACCUGACUAACAACAACCUGCAGGAUUCAGGAGUGGAGAGUCUUUCUGCUGGACUGGAGAGUCCACACUGUAAACUGGAAGCUCUCAGGCUGUCAGGCUGUCUGGUCACAGAGGAAGGCUGUGCUUCUCUGGCCUCAGCUCUGAGACUGAAUCCCUCAAAUCUGAGAGAGCUGGACCUGAGCUACAACCAUCCAGGAGACUCAGGAGAGAAGAUGCUGAGAGCUAAAGUGGAGGAUCCAGACUGUGGACUGGAAACUCUCAGGAUAACGCCUGCUGGAGUCCGAUGGUUGACACCAGGUCUGAGGAAAUAUUCCUGUCAGCUCACAGUCGACACAAACACAGUAAGCAGAAAACUCAAACUGUCUGGCAACAACAGGAAGGUGACAUCUGUGGAGGAGGAUCAGUCGUAUCCUGAUCAUCCAGACAGGUUUGAAUGGUGGUCUCAACUGUUGUGUCGAACUGGUCUGACUGGUCGCUGUUACUGGGAGGUGGAGUGGAGAGGGGAGAUUAAUGUAUCUGUCAGUUACAGAGAAAUCAGAAGGAAAGGAGUCAGUAAUGACUGUCUGUUUGGAUUUAAUGAUCAGUCCUGGAGUCUGAUCUGCUCUGAUGAUGGUUACUCUGUCAGACACAAUAACAGUCAAACACCCAUCAGGUCCUCCUCAGUCUCUCAUAGAGUUUCAGUUUAUGUGGAUGUUGAUGCUGGAACUCUGUCCUUCUACAGAGUCUCCUCUGACUCUCUGAUCCACCUCCACACCUUCAACACCACAUUCACUCAACCUCUCUAUCCUGGAUUUAGGUUUUUGUUGUGUGGUUCGUCAGUGUUUCUGUGCUGAGUUCAGUCUCCAGAGUCUCUUCCUGGUAGAGAAACAGUGUUGAACAUAUAGUUGAGUCUCUCCAUGACUCUGUCCCUCAGAAACAUGUUUUCACAUUCAUGGAUUAAAUGUGUUUCUUUGUGAAAUCCUUCUAAAUGAUUCCUUGUAAACUUGUUCCUCUUCAAAGAUGGAAGUUGUGAUUAUUCCAGGAGCCAAAUGUGGUGUUUGCGUCUUUUUCCAGUCAAAUGUUGAGAGUGAAAAUCAGGAUGUGGUGUUCCUCUGAUGCUCACUUGAACAAAAAGCAUUUGAGCUGCACAAAGUGUGAAAUGAGAGAGGAAGCAGUGAAUCUACAAACUGCUGACAGACUUUCACACAUUAUUGUCCAGUGAAAAUCAAGUUUUUGUGCAGCCAGACUUGAUCCUGAUUUGAGUGUUUCAGUCCUGUUCUUGUGAUGAAAUGAGAACUUCCUUCAUCUUGUGUGUGAUGGAGAAGAAUAAAGGGCUGUGGCUAAAAA